GGAUGUUUAUAAAAUGAUUCUUUGCAGAUAAUUACCAUUAUAUACUCUAUUCAUAAUCAGACAAUUGAAAUGAAAUUGGGUGUUGACAUUAUUUCUCCAGACAUGUAAUGGUUGUGUUGCACUUCUUGUUAUGAGCUCAUCUGAUAGUCCAUGCUUUUCGGAAAGUGAUCAUCAAACAUCUGAAACUACACUUGAAAAUAAUGAUCUUGGUAAAGAACUACUGGAAGCUUCCAGACUGGGAGAUACAAGUCGUGUUAGUAGUUUGAUGAGUAAUGGAGCACCACUUACUAAUGAUUGGUUAGGAACAACACCAUUACAUCUUGCCUCUAUUUAUGGUCACACUUCAGUUGUUGAAAUUCUUAUUAAAUCUGGAAUAAAUAGAGAUGGGCGUAAUAAGGUUGAUAAAGCUCCUUUACAUUUUGCAUGUCAGCAUGGUCAUUUUGAAAUAGUCAAAUUACUUGUAGAUAAUGGUGCAAAUAUAAACUCUUUGGAUAUGUUAAAAAUGACUCCAUUGCAUUGGGCAGUCGAAGCAAAUAAUUAUGAAAUUUGUUUACUACUUCUCAAAAUGGGUGCAAAGACUUCUCUACAAAAUAAAUUUGGAAAAACUGCAUUUCAAAUAGCCAAAGAAAAAUCGUUUUUGUCAAUUGCUGAUUUGCUUUGCGUUAAAGAGAUGAACAUUAAUGCAUCAUCUUACCAAAGAUUAGAUGAUUUUGCCUCAGCUUUUAGUUGUGGUAAUGUAACAAGUACACCGUCUACUCACAUAUCAAAGUUGAUUGAAAGUAGUUCUCACCUCCAGACGGAUAAAGUUGCUCAUUCCAUUUAUUUGCCUGCAUCAAAUAUUCAUAUUCCAUUUAAAAUGCCGUCGGAAAUUGCUGCAUUAUCUAAAGAUAGUUUUAAUCCAAAUGUUCUGCACAGUGGAAUUCCAGUUAUCACUUCGCAAGCAUUAAGUAUGCUCCCUCCUAAUAUCCAAGCAAUUCCGUUAAAUGUUAGUUCUACGUCAAGCAAUCAGUCACUAAAAAAUACAUCAAAUGUCAUUUGCAAUAGUAAUAUUUGUUGUCCAGCUUCUCAAGCAUUCACAGCGUCUUUAGCACAAGCUGUUAGCCAUUCAAUAAACAAUUACAAUACUCAAACAAACGUGUGCCCUCCAAGCAUAAUUCCAACAGCUCAGCCUUCAACACUUUUGACCUCUAAUAUUUUGCAAGAGCCUACUGUUCCUAUAAAUAUUCCUUUUAGUCUGCUAACCCAAAUAAUUGAUAGUGGUGUUAAACUGUAUGCUCGUCAAUCAGUAUCAGAAUCAGGAAUGGGGUUUGUUGGCAUAGAUACACCAAUGGGAACAAUACCCAUUUUACCUAGUAAUCAGGAAGAUGGACUACAACUUAUAGCUGUUGGUACCGAAAGUAAUACACCAUCUUCUUUAGUUUUUCCAUGCUCACACUUACCAUCUAUAGUUGAUUCACUACCUCAAAUAAGUCAUAACUCUACUCCAUUGCAUUUUCGAUCACAUGGUUUUCCACAAUAUCCUAUAGGGGCUCCAAUGGGAGCACCUAGAAUAAAUACGAUGAGUAAUGUUGGAUUUGACUUUCCUAAUUGUACACUAGAAAAUAAAAGUACCCUUGAUGGGAGUUUUCAGUUGUUUGGAAAUGAAAGGGAAAAAGUACCUUCAAUGAUCUCAUAUUAUCCUGCUUGCUCUUCGAAUAUUCAAUUGCAACAAGUGAUAUCUAAUCAGUCAGCCCCUUUAAUCCUUCAUUCACAUUCUACAAACAUUGUUCCCAUACAUCAUUCUGGUUUAUUUUCUGGUCAGCAUGGAACAUAUCAAUUAUCAAAUAAUAUUUUAGAUCAAAAGAGCAUUGUUACGCAAAGUCCGACUCCUGUGUUUUUUUCAAAUGGUUUGUGUCUUCAGCCUUAUAUCAAGCAGUGUUGCCAUCCAAUACUUCCACCUAUUCAAUCAUUGGAUUUAUCAUUGCAAAAUCACAUGCGUCCAAUUUACGUUCCUGUAAACAACUCAAUAGUUAAUCAAUUGUCUCUUUUUCCUUAUUCUGGUCAAUCUAUUUUUAUGCCCUCUGUUUAUUCUGCAGAUUUUUUACACCAGACCUCUUCACCAUCAGUGUUCAAAUCCUCAGUUUCAAAAGAGACAUCUACAGAAAGUAUAUUUCCUUAAAUUAAAAAUGCUUUUUUAAAACGAUACUGCUUUGCUUAAAUCAGUGACAAAUGAAAACUAUCUGCAAAAUGGCAAUUAAAAUGAUUUUCUGAUGCUAGUUUAAUCUGACUGUAAAUUAUUUAGACGUCGUGCGCGUUAGUUAAGUGUUACAACGUCAAAGAUAAGAAGAAAAAGUUAUAACGUCAAUUGUUACAACG